AUGGAUCUUUUGAAAGUUCCCGAAUCGCCGCAAACUUCGCGCCGUCAAGAUCUGACCGCAAAAUUCGAUGAUUUCCGACGCAAAUCGAUAUCUGAACUCAGCUUGGUGAUGGAUGUUUUGAGAGGAAGUCCAGGUGGAAGUUCGCAAUAUAUACAUCCGGAAAGGGCGUGUCAAUCCACAGGGAAUCUGACGGCACAGCCUUCGAAAAAGGGGAGGAGAAGGCGACGGGUGCAGAAGACGUGGCAGGCGAUGUCGCCGGCGAAUUUUGCCAAGACGCUGCAGAUGGGUGAGGGAUUUUUGCAGUAGGGAAAGUUUGGUGGGAUUUUUGACAGCCUCUGGAAAUUAGUAGUGAAAUUCCGAUGGUAUUUCGGACAGCUAGAGUAGUGAAAGUUUGGUAGGAUUUUUGACAGCUUCUGGAAUUUGAGUAGGAAAAUUCCAUUGGUAUUUCCGACAGCUAGAGUAGGGAAAGUUUGAUGGGAUUUUUGACAGCCUCAAAUUCUUCCAAGAAAAUUUUGAGUUCUCCCAAAACUUUGGGAAUUUUCUGAAGUAGGAGAAAAUUAGUGGGAUUUUUGACAGCCUCUGGAAUUUAAGUAGGAAAAUUCCGAUGGUAUUUCGGACAGCUAGAGUAGUGAAAUUUUGGUGUGAUUUUUGACAGCCUCAAAUUUUUGUAAGAAAAUUUUGAGUCCUCCAAAAACAUUGGGAAUUUUCUAAAGUAGGAGAAAAUUGGUGGGAUUUUUGACAGCCUUUGGAAAUUGAGUAGGGAAAGUUUGGUGGGAUUUUUGACAGCCUCAAAUUUUUUGUAAGAACAUUUUGAGUCCUCCCAAAAGUUUGGGAAUUUUCUGAAGUAGGAAAAGUUUGGUGCGAUUUUUGACAGCCUUUGGAAUUUGAGUAGGAAAAGUUUGGUGCGAUUUUUGACAGCCUCAAAUUUUUGUAUAUGAAAAUUUUAGGUCCUCUCAAAACUUUGGGAAUUUUCUGAAGUAGGAGAAAAUUAGUGGGAUUUUUGACAGCCUCAAAUUCUUGCUAGAAAAUUUUGAGUCCAACCAAAACUUUGGGAAUUUUCUGAAGUAGGAGAAAAUUAGUGGGAUUUUUGACAGCCUCUGGAAAUGGAGUAGGGAAAUUUUGGUGCGAUUUUUGACAGUCUCUAUAAUUUGAGUAGGGAAAGUUGGGUGGGAUUUUUGACAGCCUCAAAUCUUUUGUAUAUGAAAAUUUUGAAUCCUCCCAAAACUUUAGGAAUUUUCUAAAGUAGGAGAAAAUUAGUGGGAUUUUUGACAGCCUUUGGAAAUUGAGUAGGAAGUAGGGAAAGUUUGGUGCGAUUUUUGACAGCCUUAAUUUUCCUGGGCUUCAGGCCCAAGCUAAGCCUAAGCUUUGUUCUUAGGCCUCAGAUUUGGGCUCAGAUCUUUGACCGAAUUUUGCUCAGAUUCUGAAUUUUUAAAAAAAAAUUAGUGAUGAGCUCUCAGAAUUUUUUUAGUGAAUCUUUUUUUUCUGAAAAUCUCUAGAAGCUAGAAAUUUUGCUGAAAUUAAUUUUGUGACAUACCAAUUUUCAGCGUUUAAAAAAUAACCAAAAUUUUAUGAUCCCCAGGUUCAAUAUUACUUUAUGAACAUUUUUGUAACUAAAAGUUGGCUCCAAUUUUGCCACGUGGCAGAAUUUUGCAUUUUUCAAUUAAACAAUUCGGUCUACAAACAUAAUUUCAUGCCCCACAUUUUUUUAAUGAAGAUUUUGAAACAGUGGAUUUUUUUUUAAUCAAAAAAGCUAUACUAAUCAAUCUAACUAAUUUUUUUGAAAAUUCAUGAAAUUUUUGAAACAGUGAAUUUUUAUUUUGUAAAAAAAUCACUGUUUCAAAAAUUCCUCAAAUUUUUUUCAGGGAAAAAAAUGUUGAUUCUGCAUUUUUUUUUAUUUGUUGGAAAAAUUCACUGUUUCAAAAAUUCUUCAAAUUUUUUCUCGAAAAAGAAAAAUUUGAUUCUGCUUCCUUUACUCCCUGGAAAAAUCACUGUUUCAAAAAUUCUUCUAAUUUUUUUCUCGAAAAAGAAAAAUCGCAUGUCAACUAGAAAUUAGCCAAUAUUUUCUGUUCCUAGUAAAUUUUACUAUGUAUUUCUUUUUCCCAAAUAUUUGUUCAGCUCUUCUCCUCAAAAUUUUUUUUUUCAAAAAAAAAAAAAAACAUUCGGCUUUUCCUUCACACAAUCAAAAACAAUACUAGAAUAUUCAAUUUUCAUUUUCAUUUUUUUGCCAAAAUUUUUUCAGGUAAAUCCAUUUUUUUGUCCAAAAAAUCUGCAAUUUUUGUGUGUUAUUUUUUGAAAAAAAAAUAUUUAUUGCUCGCCGAGCAAAAAAAAACUUUUUUUUGAUUUUUUUUUUCCAAAGAACAACUGUUUUUUGAGCAAAUGUGUGAGAAAAAGCAAAAAUUUUGAGCGGUGCAUAGAAAUGUGGGCGUGGCUUAAUUUUGGGCGAUAAAAAAAUAUGGAAACAGGGUGCGCAGGGAAAAAUGGGCGGGGCUUGAGCACAAAAAUAUGAGGCUGAAAAUAAAUCUGAAAGUGUCUGCGUCUCUCAAAAUUCAGCUAUAUCUAAUUGUCUAGAUGUCUGCGUCUCUCUCUCUCCCUCAAUAUCCCACGCUCUCUAACUGUCUGACUUCUCUGCGUCUCUCAAUUUUCAUACUCUCUUAAUUUUCGAAAAAUUAAAAAAAAAUUUCACGUGACCCCAAUUUUUCUACGUGUAAAAAUUUUCAUUUUCAAAUUUUUCGAACAUGGAAAAUGACAGAAAAUCGAUAAUUUUGUGAGUUUUCGGGGAUUUUCUCUGCGUCUCUAAAAAUGGCAUACUCUCUAGUUGUCUGGCUUCUCUGCGUCUCUUCAAAUCCUAUGCUCUCUAACUAUCUUUGUCUCUCUCACAAUCGCAUACUCUCUAACUGUCUGAUUUCUCUGCGUCUCUCACACUCGUAUGGUAUCUCUAACCUCUCUCUAACUCCUCUGCUUCUCUGCGUCUCUAACAAUUCCACUCGCUCUCUGCUUCUCUAAUUCCUCUGCGUCUCUCACUUUCUUAUGCUAUUUUCAGUAAGGGCUUCUCUGCGUCUCUUCAAAUCCUAUGCUCUCUAACUGUCUUUGUCUCUCUGCGUCUCUAGAGUUCCCCGUGCUCUCUAACCUACGCUUCUUAUCUGCGCCUCUCAUAAUUCUAGUGCUCUCUAACAUCUCUAGCCUCUCUGCGUCUCUAGAGUUCCCCUUGCUCUCUAACCCACGCGUCUUCUCUGUGUCCUAUAAUUUCCUAGUGCUCUCUAACAAACUCUGGUUUCUCUGCGCCUCUAUUGUUUCUCAUACUCUCUCAAUUCUCUCGUCUCUCUUUCUAUCUCUUUCUCCUCUUGAUCUCUAGCCUCCCUUAUUACUCUGCGUCUCUCACAAUCGCAUACUCUCUAGUUGUAUGAUUUCUCUGCGUCUCUAGUAUCUCUAACAUCUCUCUAACUCCUCUGUCUCUCUCGAAAUUAUGUCGCUUCUCUGCGUCUCUAACAAUUCCACACGCUCUCUGCUUCUCUAACCUGCUCAUGAAUCAUCUUAUGACCCCCAAAAAAUUCGCCCGCUCUUCUCGAUUUCAAUUUCGAAUUUUUCCACCAAAAAAAAAAUGCAUUAUUUAUAAGCUCCGCCCAUUUCCGGCCAAAAAUACAAACAAAAAAAAAGUUGAUUUUUUUCCACAUUUUUUUUCAUGAAAAAAAAUGUUUAUAUUAUUUUGAAGAAGCCGAAAAAUUUAUUUUUUUUUGAUCUACGCUUGAAAAUGCGCGCUAUAAAUUACUAUCAAAAUCGGCAUCGGACCAGGAAGCAGCGGAAAAUUGGAUGUAGGGAAUUCCAGGGGGCCUAGGCCUGAUAUCAGGCUUGGUCCUAAGCCUGAAAAUCUGAAAUUUUUUGCAGUGCAAGAAGAGAAAGCGAUGCAGGCGGUGCCGACUGCACCAAUUGAUUCAUCGAAAUUUGUCGCCUAUGUUCAGGAGAGAAAAAAGAAGAGGAUUCUGUUCAAAGGAGAAUAUUUGGUGGGUUUUGCGGGGGGGGGGGAUUUUUCACUGUUUCAAAAUUUUAAGGAAAUUUUUCAGAUGAAAUUUGAGCUUUUGAUGUUGCUAAUGUUCUAGUUUUAUGAACCUUUAUAAAUCCGAAUUUUGAUUUUUUCACUGUUUCAAAAUUUUUAUGAAAUUUCAGAGAUUUCUUUUGAGUCCAAAUACCACUAAUUUUAUGAACCCGAAUUCACAAUUUUUCACUGUUUCAAAAUUUUUUCAAAUUUUUCAGAUGAAAUUUGAGCUUUUGAUGUUGCUAAUGUUCUAGUUUUAUGAACCUUUAUGAACCCGAAUUUCAAUUUUUCACUGUUUCAAAAUUUUUAUGAAAUUUUUGAUAUUAAUUUUUAAAUUUAGUAGUAGUGCGAAUUGGAAACUCUGAAAAUUUGAAAAAAAUUACUGGAUUUUUUCACUGUUUCAAAAAUUUAUCAAAUUUCUUGGAUUAAGUUGGAAUUUUUGAUAUGAAAAUGGACCUUUUUGAUUUUUUCACUGUUUCAAAAUUUUUAUAAGAUUUUUUAUAUUAAUUUUGAAAUUUAAUAAUAGUAAACAUAUGGAAGCCCUGAAAAUUUGUAAAAAAAAAUUUUACUGGAUUUUUUCACUGUUUCAAAAUUUUUGAAAUUUUUCAGAUGAAAUUUGAGCGUUUGAUAUUGCUAAUGUUCAAUUUUACACUGUUUCAAAAUUUUAUGAAAUUUUUUGUAUUAAUUUUGAAAUUUAGUUGUAAUCUUUUGAAGUUUAGUAGUAAAAAAAAAAAUUACUGGAUUUUUUCACUGUUUCAAAAAUUUCUUGAAGUAAGUUGGAAUUUUUGAUUUUGUAAUCGGCCUCAAACUUCGAAUUCGUGAGCCUGAAUUUUGAAUUUUUCACUGUUUCAAAAAUUUUCUAAAGUUUUUAUUUGAAAUUUUUGGGUUAUAAAAGCUACCAAAAACACGAAGCUUCAAAAAAAAAUUCACUGUUUCAAAAAAUCGAUAAAUUUUUUGAUAGUAACAUUUUUUAUUACGUCGUUUGAACAACAUCAAUUUACCAACAAAAAAAACCCAAAAAAAAUUCCAACCCCAAUUUUUCAUUAUUUUUUCUAUUUUUUCAACCUCAUCAAUCUCAAAAAACAGAUUCAUCAAAUUUUUUUUCGUCCGGGGGCCUUCUUGUUUUUGAAAAAUUUCUGGAAAAAAUUUUCCGGGGGGAAUUUUAAGAAAAAUUUGAAUUUUUUUUUGCAGAUUGUGAAUCGAUCAAUCGAUAAUAACAAAUGUCGAUGUGAUGUUGGAAGUACAAUGAUGGAUAGAAAUCCAUAUCCGGUUGGUUUCGGGAGAAGGGAGUACUGUAGGUUGGAGGGGUACUGUAGAUGGAAUUUUAGCUGUGAAUUUAGCUAGAAAAAUUCACUGUUUCAAAAAAAAUUUUAAUUUUUCUUGAAAAUUUUUGAGUUUGACAAAAAUGUUUGAACUUGAAAAAAAGUGGAUUUUGAGCUAUUUUUCAUCUAGAAAAAUUCGCUGUUUCAAAAAAUUUAUGAAUUUCUGAAGGUGUUUUUGGUGUUGAUAUGUUGGUGAUAAUGUAUAGAUUUAAAAAAAAUUCACAGUAAAUUUUUUUUAAUUAGAUUUUUCACUGUUUCAAAUAAUUUUUGCGAAUUUCUGUAAAUUCGUACUUUUUUUCUUGAUUUCCAGUUAAAAAAUUCACUGUUUCAAAAUUAUUUUUGGAUUAUUUUCCAAAAAAUGAUUAGGUUAUAAUUUUGAUUUGAAAAAAAUCCACUGUUUCAAAAAUUUUUCUGAAAAUUUGUACAUUUUUUCAUGAUUUCCAGUUAAAAAAUUCAUUGUUUCAAAAAUUUUUUGAAAUUUUUCGAAUAUUUUUGAAAAAUUGGUAAUACAUCUAAUUUUUCAUCUAAUUUUUUUGUAUCUAAUUUUUCAACGAAAAAUUCACUGUUUCAAAAAUUUCACAAAUUUCCAAAGCUCAAAUAUAUUUUUAAUCCAAAAUUCAAUAGCUAUAGUACCCCCGAGUAUUUUUGGCGCCAAAAAUCCUGAACAUCUGGUGUUGGGCAAAAAAAUUGCGAUAAUAAAAAUCAAAAUCACACACGACAAAUUUUUAUGGGAUUUUUUUUAGAAUUGAGGGGAUUUGAAAAAAAAAUUUCAAAAAAAAAAUUUCAAAAAAAAAAAAAUUUUUUUCAAAAAAAAAAAAAAUCAAAAUUUUUUUCGAAAAAUUUAAAAUUUAAUUUCAGGACACUCUACCGUAUGAUUAUAAUCGUGUAUUGUUGCCGAGAAUUGAUGAUGAUGAAAAUUCGCAUUAUAUCAAUGCGAGUUAUGUUAAUGUGAGUCUUCUGAAAAUUGAGUUUCAGCCAAAAAAAAAAAUUUUGGAUUUUUUCAGAGUUGGGUUCGUGAAAAAGCGUAUGUUGUGACACAGGCUGUUCGAACAAAACCAAUGAAUGCCGAAUUUUGGAGAAUGGUUUGGGAAUUGAAUUCGAAUUGUAUUGUGAUGUUGACCAAGGUUUUUGAUUUUAUGAGAGUGAGUUUUUUGAAGCCAGGAAAAUUUACUGUUUCAAAAAUUUGAGAAAUAAUUUUUAAAAAUUUUUUUUUGAUUCAUUCUUCACAAAGCCUAAUCCCAAUUUUACAAUGAAAAAUUCACUGUUUCAAAAAAUUGUGAAGUUUUUGCUGGAUUUCUCGAUUUUUUGAUUUGUCAUUUUCAACCAAAAAUUCCUGAAAAAAAUACGUUUCAAAAAGUUGAGAAAUAAUUUUUUCAAUUUUGAUGACUAGAUUUAUUUUUGUAAUCCGUGCAAAAAAGUUUGAUUGAAAAUUUUUCACUGUUUCAAAAAUUUUGAGAAAUUUCUGAUUUUUCAAUAAAAAAUUCACUGUUUCAAAAAAUUGUGAAGUUUUCGCUGGAUUUCUCGAUUUUUUUGAUUUUUCAUUUUCAGCCAAAAAUUCCUGAAAAAAAUAGGUUUCAAAAAUUUGAGAAAUAAUUUUUUCAAUUUUUGAUGACUUGAUUUAUUCUUGUAAUCCGUGCAAAAAAGUUUGAUUGAAAAUUUUUCACUGUUUCAAAAAUUUGUAAAAUUUUUGCUGGAUUUCUCGAUUUUUUGAAAAAUUCCUGAAAAAAAUACGUUUCUAAAAUUUGAGAAAUUUCAGAUUUUUCAAUUGUUUUUUUGAUUUUUGAUUUUACAAUUACAUUUAUUUUUCAAUGUUUUCCAGGUAAUGUGUCUUCAAUAUUGGCCGCUCACAAAAUUUCAAUUUCGUGAAAUCGAAGUCGAAACGGUUGAAGUCAAAACUUAUUCGCAUUUUGUGAGUUUUUUCCAGCUUUCAAAUGGUUUUCGAAUUUUUGAAAUUGCUUCAUUUUGAGCCAAGUUAUGAUAAUUUAAGAGACGUUUUUUGUAAUAUGGGAAAUUUUAGAAUAAGGAGCUGCGCAAGCAAAAAAGUUUUUCUGAAAACUUGUGUAAUGAUAGCCCCAUGGGUGGGCAUCAAUUUGCGCACAAUAUUAUUGCUCAAAUCAGCUUCACCAUUGUGGUGUGAUGGGUGAAAGCUGUAUGAGCGGUCACUGAAACUUUCCUCUCCGUUGAUAUUUUUUGAUGAUCUCAACGCCAAAAUACUUCUCUGGCUUAGAAAUGAUUAUUAUGUUCUCGCCAUGAAAAUUGCACCAUUUCUAAUGGUGAAAAUACACCACUUUGGCGAAAAACACCAAUUUUAUGGUGUUGCGGUUGAAUUUCGCACUCUCGCGCUGCUUUUAUCGGAUUCCUCGUCAUUUUUUACAUACCCUACAAAAAUAUGAGAAAAAUAAACCUUACCCCUUUUUGGCAAUUUUGACGCAAAGUUAGUCACCCAAGGUGUGCACCACAGCAUUUUUUGUCAAAAUCACUUAAAUUUUCGAUAUUUAUGGUCAAAAAAGUUAUUUUAUGGCUUAGAGUUACUUAUAUGUGAAAAUUAGAAAGUUUUCGAGACGAAAACGUGUUAUUUCACGCAUUUCACGUGAAAAAUCACGUGAAUUUUUUUCGAAAAAUAAGUUUAAAAACGUGUUUUCUGGGGUUUUUGACUAUGAGAAUCAACGUGGUAACAUUUAUUUUUCUCGAAAUUCCCAUUUACAAUGAGUUUGACAACACUCUAAAAACUUCACUUGCUAAAGUUGAUUUUUAUGAUAUUUCUGAAAAUUGCUAAAUUUAUAAUUUUCAUGAAAAAUAAAUAUUACCACGUUGAUUCUCAUAGUCAAAAACCCCAGAAAACACGUUUUUAAACUUAUUUUUCGAAAAAAAUUCACGUGAUUUUUCACGUGAAAUGCGUGAAAUAACACGUUUUCGUCUCGAAAACUUUCUAAUUUUCAGAUAAAAGUAACUUUGAACCAUAAAAUAACAGUUUUAAACAUAAAUAUCAAAGAUUUGGGUGAUUUUGAGAAAAAUGCUGUGGUGCACACCUUGGGUGACUAACUUUGCGUCAAAAUUGCCAAAAAGGGGUAAGGUUUAUUUUUCUCAUAUUUUCGUAGGGUAUGUAAAAAAUGACGAGGAAUCCGAUAAAAGCAGCGCGAGAGUGCGAAAUUCAACCGCAACACCAUAAAAUUGGUGUUUUUCGCCAAAGUGGUGUAUUUUCACCAUUAGAAAUGGUGCAAUUUUCAUGGCGAGAACAUAAUAAUCAUUUCUAAGCCAGAGAAGUAUUUUGGCGUUGAGAUCAUCAAAAAAUAUCAACGGAGAGGAAAGUUUCAGUGACCGCUCAUACAGCUUUCACCCAUCACACCACAAUGGUGAAGCUGAUUUGAGCAAUAAUAUUGUGCGCAAAUUGAUGCCCACCCAUGGGGCUAUCAUUACACAAGUUUUCAGAAAAACUUUUUUUGCUUGCGCAGGCUGUUUUCCGGUAUUACAAAAAACGUCUCUUAAAGUCCCGCGUUCCCUUUUCAUUCAAAAAAAAAUAAAAAACCCUCUCUCUCUUUCUCUGCGUCUCUUCACACCGCGCCACUCGUCGCAGUCCCGUUUGAAUGUCGGCGAGUGAAAUUGUUGAAAAGGGGGAAGGUGUUGGCGCUAGCUUUUUUUGCAAGAAAAAAAGGAAUUUUAGGAAAAAUCGAUUUUUACAGGUGAUCCGGACAUUUAAUCUAACUCGCACCACUUCGGAAUCCAUCGAAACUCGAACUGUCAAACAUUUUCACUUUACCGAAUGGGAAUUGGACUCAUUUCCAUAUAUUUCCGCAUUUAUCGAGUUGAGACGAAGAGUUCGACAAUUUACGGAGAAAAAUCCGGUUGAUGCGCCGCUUAUUGUGCAUUGCAGGUUAGUUUUUUGGGGGAUUUUGGGGUGAAAAAUUUUUGAAAUUCGAUUUUAUUCAACAGAUUUUAUCGAUGAAUAAAAAAAAAUUCAGAAAAAUAUUUUCAUAAUUUUUGAAACAGUAUAUUUUUUCAUCAAAAUUGCAAAAAUAAAGGGAAUGUUUUUCGAAACUUUGAAUUUUCAAUUGAAAAAUUUUUGAAACAGUAAAUUUUAAAUUCAAAAAAGCUUUUAAAAAAUUAUCGGAAUUUUUUUUUUGGAAUUUGAUUUGAAACAUUUUUGAAACGUAUUUUUUUCGGGAAAAUUGAAAAUUUAAUUUUUGCAUGGAAUUUCGAGUUUCAUCGAAAAUUGAAUUUAGAAAGUUAUUUUCAUAAAAUUUUUGAAACAGUAUAUUUUUUUCAUCAAAGUUACAAAAAAGUGAAUGUUUUUUGAAACAGUAAAUUUUAGAUUCAGAAAAUCUUUUAAAAAUUAUCGGAAAUUUUUUUGGAAUUUGAUUUGAAAAAUUUUUGAAACGUAUUUUUUUCGGGAAAAUUGAAAAUUCUAUUUCUGCAUGAAAUUUUGAGCACACUCUCGAAAACUGAAUUUACAAUUAGAACUUUUUUUCAUAUAAUUUUUGAAACAGUAUAUUUUUUUCAUCAAAACUACAAAAAAAAGUGAAUUUUGUUCGGAACUUUAAAUUUUUGAUUAAAAUUUUUUGAAACCGUAAAUUUUUUUUUGAAAUUUCACUUGAAAAAUUUUUGAAACGUAUUUUUCCGGGGGAAAUUGAAAAUUCUCAUUUUUGCAUGGUAUUUUGAGCACGCUCUUGAAAAUUGAAAUUUAGAACUUUUUUUUCAUAUAAUUUUUGAAACAGUGAAUUUUUUCAUCAAAUUUACAAAAAAUAUUAUCAGAAAUUUUUUUUUGGAAUUUGAUUUGAAAACAUUUUGAAACGUAUUUUUCCGGGAAAAUUGAAAAUUUUAUUUUUGCAUGAAAUUUUGAGCACGCUCUUGAAAAUUGAAUUUUAAUUUUUUUUUUCAUAUAAUUUUUGAAACAGUGAUUUUUUUUGGGAAACAACUAAUUAAAUGUUUUUCGGAACUUUGAAUUUUCAUUUGAAAAAUUUUUGAAACAGUAAUUUUUUUUGGACUUUGAUUUGAAAAAUAUUUGAAACGUAUUUUUCCGGGAAAUUUUUAAAAAUAAAUUUUGAAACAGUCAAAAAAAUUUUUAUUAAAAAAACCCGUAAAUAUGUAUUUUUUCAAUUAAAUUCAAAAAAGAAUGCUCUAAAUUCUCAUUUCUCACUGCAAAAACCCUCUAUUCUCAUCAUUAUUAUGCACCAAUUUCUUGAAUCUUCGCCUUUUUUUCAUCUCAUUUUGACACUUGAAAUUGUCGCAUUGCAACUUUUCGCAACUCGCCGGAAUCCGCAAAUUUCUACCGGUUUUCAAAAAAUCCUUCAUCCAGUAGUCGACUUGGAGCCGAGUGAAUUCGAGCAAAUAAUCGGCGGCUUUUUCGCCUUUUUCUUCCGGGCAAACCUGGAAAAGUGGGCGGAGCUUAAGAAAUCGAUGGCGUGGAUUCUGAGAAUCUAGGGAUCAUUUUGAGACCAAACAAGCCCUGCGGCAUGGAAAAGUGGGCGGAGCUUAAUAAGCCCCGCCCAUUUUGCUGUGCCCUACGAAAAUUAUGAGGUUACCUUUUUCAAAAUAAAUGAAGUACACGUGUGAUCGCAGAGUAAUUGCCGACAUCUGAAAUUUUUAAUUUCAGCCCAAUUUUUUCCAUGGCUGAAAAUUUCCCUACCUCGAUGAAUAUCCCUCUUGCGAAUGCGUCAGCGGUUUGUAGACACCGCAACGCGGACGGCAGUAUUUUUUGAGCACCGGCGCGGAUUUAGCGUAACAUGGAAGGUUUUGGAGCAUCUGGAAGUCAGGCAGGGUUUUGUGGGCGGAGCCUAAGCUUGUGGGGACUCAUUUUGAUCCUCACAAUUUUCUACAGAAAUUUUCCUAAAAUUUUCAACGCCGCACAGUUUUGUGGGCGGAGCCUAGGCUUGUGGGGACUCAUUUUGAUCCUCACAAUUUUCUUCAGGAAUUUUUCAACGCCGCACAGUUUUGUGGGCGGAGCCUAGGCUUGUGCGGACUCAUUUUGAUCCUCACAAUUUUCUUCAGAAAUUUCCUAAAAUUUUUGACGCCGCACAGUUUUGUGGGCGGAGCCUAAGCUUGUGCGGACUCAUUUUGAUCCUCACAAUUUUCUUCAGGAAUUUCCUAGAAUUUUUAACGCCGCACAGUUUUGUGGGCGGAGCCUAGGCUUGUGGGGACUCUUUUUGAUCCUCACAAUUUUCUUCAGGAAUUUCCUGAAAUUUUUAACGCCGCACAGUUUUGUGGGCGGAGCCUAGGCUUGUGGGGACUCAUUUUGAUCCUCACAAUUUUCUUCAGGAUUUUUAACGCCGCACAGUUUUGUGGGCGGAGCCUAGGCUUGUGCGGACUCAUUUUGAUUCUCACAAUUUUCUUCAGAAAUUUCCUAAAAUUUUUAACGCCGCACAGUUUUGUGGGCGGAGCCUAGGCUUGUGGGGACUCAUUUUGAUCCUCACAAUUUUCUUCAGGAAUUUCCUAAAAUUUUUAACGCCGCACAGUUUUGUGGGCGGAGCCUAGGCUUGUGGGGACUCUUUUUGAUCCUCACAAUUUUCUUCAAAAUUUUUAACGCCGCACAGUUUUGUGGGCGGAGCCUAGGCUUGUGGGGACUCAUUUUGAUCCUCACAAUUUUCUUCAGGAAUUUCCUAAAAUUUUUAACGCCGCACAGUUUUGUGGGCGGAGCCUAGGCUUGUGGGGACUCUUUUUGAUCCUCACAAUUUUCUUCAAAAUUUUUAACCCCGCACAGUUUUGUGGGCGGAGCCUAGGCUUGUGGGGACUCAUUUUGAUCCUCACAAUUUUCUUCAGAAAUUUCCUAAAAUUUUCAACGCCGCACAGUUUUGUGGGCGGAGCCUAAGCUUGUGCGGACUCAUUUUGAUGCUCACAAUUUUCUUCAGAAAUUUCCUAAAAUUUUUAACGCCGCACAGUUUUGUGGGCGGAGCCUAGGCUUGUGGGGACUCGUUUUGAUCCUCUCGAUCUUCUUGAUCAGAAUUUCCCGAACCUCACCUCUGGAAAUCGAUUCCUACACACAUAUUCUCGCAAAUUGAACUGUACCGAAUAUCCACAUUCAUCAAUACAUUGACUAUGCUCAUAAUCUAACAUACAAAAUAAUUCUAAAUCCCGUUUUUCUACAACACUUGGCACAUCUAUACUACCAAAUGCCAUGUGAGCCUGGAAAAAUUGAGGUUUGGCUGAAAAAGCUGAAAUUCUGAAUUUUUCGCUCACAUUAACCAUGUCCAUGCCAAUGUUCAGACGAUUAUUGCAUUUUUGAAGACAUUUUGCGUCGUUGACGACUUCGUCGCGACGACGAGCACUAUCUACUGGAAAAUGGGAAAAAUUUCACUGUUUCAAAAAAUUUUUUGGAGAUUUUUUUCUAGAGCUUGAUGUGAUAUCUUCGUGGAAUUUUUUUGGAAAACAAAAAUUUUUGAAAUUUUUUUUUGGAAAAAAUUUACUGUUUCAAAAAUUCUUUAGAAUUUCCUUGUUUUUGAGAAUUUUCUGAUGUUGCAUCUGAAAUUUUCACAGGAAAAAAUUUACUGUUUCAAAAAUUCUUUAGAAUUUUUUGGAGAAUUUUUUGAUGUUGUUAACUUUUCUUAUCCUAACAAUAAGUUUGCAUCUGAAAUUUUCACAGGAAAAAAUUCACUGUUUCAAAAAUUUUUUAAACAUUUUUUUUUCGAGCUUGAUGUGAUACCGUUUUGAUGACAUUGUUUCGAAAACAAAAAAAAAAUUUUUUUUUUGAAAAAAAUUUACUGUUUCAAAAAUUCCUCAAAAUUUUCUUGGUUUUAUACAUUUCUAAUUUCUGUAGGAAAAACCAUGUUCCCAAAAAAUUCACUGUUUCAAUGAAAAAUUUAUAACAUUUCAGAGCGUCUAGGGUUUUAGUUAUCGAUAAUUCUUGUUUUAUUUCAUUAGAAAAAUACUGAAGAAAUUGUGAAAAGUUUUAAGGGUACAAUUAUAUUUGCUCGAAAAAUUUAGAAGCCAAUAUGUGAAAAUUUUACUUCAGUUUCCUCACUGAAAAAUUAGAAAAAUAAUAUUUUUCCAAAAAAAAUUCACUGUUUCAAGAAUUUUGUAUACAAUUUUUCACAAUUCUAACAUAUUAUUAAAAUGGAAGGAAAUUCUCACUGUUUCAAAGAAAAUCGUCAAUUUCUCAGAAUUUUUCAAAAAUGUUUUUCUUAUCGAAUGAAAAAGGUGAUAACAUUUGUGAAAAAAAACUCACUGUUUCAAAAAUUUGGUAUAUUUUUGCACGAUUCUACAAACCUUUGUUCGGUUGGUUCCAUCCAGCAUAAUUUUUUGUUCAAAAAAUUUACAGUUUAAAAAAAUCUUUAUAUUUUUUUCACAAUUCUACAAUUUGGUUCGGUUCCUAGUUCCAUCAGAAACAAUUUUCCUGUGUGUUUUUCUCCAAAAAAAGCACCCAACUCCCUCAUUUCCCUAUUUCGCCCUUUUCCCCACUAACAAUAAGGUUUCUGCUGCUUUUUUUGAAGAUUUUAUCUCUUUCCGACGAAAAAAAGUGCGAACAUUUGUUUUUUUUUUGUCGAGAUAACAAAUCUCAUUUCAUUUCAUUUCACUUUCUUUCGAAAACCUCAAAGGUUAAGCUGAGAAAAAACCGUACCCGCUGAUUUUUGAAAAUGUUGAGAAUCAUCAUCGGAAUCGUAGUCAUCAUCGAAUUUUUGUUGAAUUCGGGCAAGAGAAAAACCGCUGGGUUUUGUUGAGAUAAUUGUGCGUUUUCGGGGACGAGCUGGAAGGAAAAUGGGAGAUUUUUGGAUUGACAAAGCUCAGGGAUUUUUGAGAUGUUUUUUGAAAUGGAUAUGAAUCGUUUUCUCCAAAAUUCACUGAUAUUUCAUGAAUAUUUUGAAACAGUGAAUAAUUUUUUGAAAAUGAUUUUUCACGAAAAUCUGUAGAAUAAAGUCGAGGCAUCGUGAUUUUUUGAACCCACAGAUACUUCAUGAGAUUUUUGAAACAGUUAGAAAAUCUUGUCAAUUUUUUGAAACAGUGAAAUAAUUUUUGCGAAUUAAUUAAAAAAAAUAAUUUUUGUGGAUUUUUCUCUGAAAUUCAAAUUCUUCAAAUUUUUUGAAACAGUGAAUUUUAUUUUCCAUAAAAAAAUCUCCAGAAUAAAUUUUUUGAUGUUAGAAACACCUUGAAAAUUUUUUGAAACAGUGAUUUUUUUUGAGGGGAUAAAGAACAACAGAUAUUGAAAAUUUCAAAAAUUUCAAAAAUUUGUGAUUUUUUUGAAACAGUGAAAAUUUGUGGACAUACAAAAUCAAACAAGUAAUCAAAAUCAAAAAAUUUCAGAAAUUCCCAAAAUUUUUGAAAAUUUUUGAAACAGUGAAAAUGUUAUCAAAAUAUUAGUGAAUUUUUCUCUGAACAUUAAAUUCUUCAAAUAUUUUUGAAACAGUGAAUUUUAUUUUCCAUAAAAAAAUCGACAGAAUACAUUUUUUGAUAUUAAAAAAUUAUUUUUUUUUUGAAACAGUGAAAAUUUUUUUUGUAUGUGAAAUAGAACAACACAUAUUGAAAAUUUCAAAAAUUUUGAAAAUUUGUGAUUUUUUUGAAACAGUGAAAAUGUUUCCAACUAAAUUUUCAUGUUAUUGUCUAGUCCAAUAAAAUUGAAAAUUUUUUCUGAAAUCAAAAAUUUCCGCUAUUUUUGAAACAGUGAAAUUUUUUGGACUUACAGUAUCAAAAAAGUAAUCAAAACAUUUGAGAAAUUCCAAAAAUUUGUAAUUUUUUUGAAACAGUGAAAUAAUAUUUUCAAUUAAUAUCUUGAAUUAUAUUUUAGUGAAAUUUUCUCUGAAAUUCAAAUUCUUCAAAUAUUUUUGAAACAGUGAAUUUUAUCUUGUAUAGAAAAAUCUCCAGAAUAAAUUUUUUGAUAUUUGAAACAGUGAAAAAUUUUUUUUUUUCAAAAUUCAAUUUUUUUUUAAAUUUUUUUUCCUCACCUCUCUGAAUCCUCGAAACACUUUGAUCCACUACAAAACACACCAAAAACCAAAAAACCAGCCAAUUUUGAUUUCGUCUUCCCAACAUUUUUCUUUCUUCCUGAAUAAAAUGAAAGAUUUGGGCGCGAAAAAAAAUUGAAAAGAAAAUAUUUUUGUGAAUUUUUUGUGGGCGGAAGGAAAGCGGGACACUUGAGAUUUGAUCAUUUAAUUUUUGCCGGGAAAAAAAUUUCUGAAUUUGAAAUUUCAGCUGAUUUUCAGACAAAUUCGGUCUGACCGGAAAGAAAUUUUGUGAAGUAUUGGCAGAAAAAAAUAGAAAAAAUAAUUGGAAGUUGAUUUUUGCUAAUUAUAGGGGUCUUUUUGGACACUUUUCCAAAGAACCUUGAAAUUUUUUUUGAAGAGAACACAUUUUUCUACUUUGGGGAAUUUUGGAACAAAAAAUUUACUGUUUCAAAGAUUUUUUGAAAUUUUUUGAAUUUUGUUCAAGGUGCCGGAAUUAUUCAAAUUUUCAAAUCUAGUUUUUUUACUUAAAAAAUCUUAAGAAAAAUUCACUGUUUCAGACAAAAAUGUAAAAAGUUCAGAAAAUCAAUUCAAAUUCUGAUCGCAAAAAAUUUUUUUUAGAAAAUUUUACUGUUUCAAAAUUUGUUGAAGAAUUUUGAAACGUUAUUUAGAACGCUCCAAUUUUCAAAAAAAGUUUAAAAAAAAAUUUACUGUUUCAAAAAAUUUUGAAAAUUUCUAAAAUUCAAAUUUUAGUUGAUUCCUUUAGAAUAAACGAGAAAUCAAAAUUUUCUUAUUUUUUCCAAAGCAAAAAAUCACUGUUUCAAAAUUUUUUGAAAAAUUUUGAAAUUUUAUUUGAAACGCUACCACAAAGAUUCGACAACUCAAAAAAAUUUAGAAAAAAUUCACUAUUUCAAAUUUUUCCCAAACCCAAAAAUCUCGGUCAUUGGCCGGAAUAAUUAGCAGAACUUUUCACUUUUCAUCACCGCCCAAAAUUUUUUUUCAAAAAAAAAAAAAAAAAAUGAAGGCCACACUCAAUUUUCUCUCGACCGACCAAUAAUUAGAAAAUUAAUUUAUUUUCAGCCGAAAUUUUUUUUUCAAAAAAAAAAAUGAAAAAUGACUUUUAUGUUGGGUCGCAGAAGACAAAAAAUGCAAGAAUUUAGGCAAAAGUUUUGGCCAAGAUUUUAUCUAGCAAAAAAAAAAUGAAAGAAAAGCGAGAUUUUAUCCGGGGAAAAUGCGAGAAUUUUUGUUUUUGGCGGGAAAAACAAAUUAAAUUUUUUUCUGAAAAAUUUCAGAAAACCUGUUGAAAAAUGCUGAAUUUUGAAGCGAAGUACUUAAGUUUUUUGGGGAAAAAUAAGAUAAAAUUUGAAAAAAACUAGAUUAAUUAUCUGAUUUAUGUGGAAAAUGUUUAUGGUUUUUGGGGGGAGGAAAAUUUUUUGCGGUUUCAAAUUUUGUUGGAAAUUUUUCAAGGAUUUUUGAAAUAUUAUUCAGUAGACUUUGACUUUAUCAAAAAUUAUAUACAUUUUUUCACUGUUUCAAACAAUUUUGAAGUUCCAAAUAUUUAUUUUCUCAAAUUUUUCACAAAAAAAUAUACUGUUUCAAAAUUUUCAUUUAAUUUUCGAGGGAUUUUUUUGUUCGGUUAAUCAACAUUUUAUUUAUUUUCCAAAAAAUUCACUGUUUCAAAAUUCACAGAUUUAUUUUAAACAAAUUUUAUUGUUCAGUAGGAUGUUAUUUUUUAUCCGAAAAAUUCACUGUUUCAAAAAUUUUUCAAAAAUUGGAAAAUUUUAAUUUUAUUGAUUACUAAAUUAUGAAAUUUAGAAUUUUAAUUCGAAAAAAAAUUCACUGUUUCAAAAUUCACAGAUUUAAUUUUAAACAAAUUUUAUUGUUCAGUUAGGAUGUUAUGUUAUUUUUAUCCGAAAAAUUCACUGUUUCAAAAAUUUUUCAAAAAUUGGAAAAUUUUAAUUUUAUUGAUUACUAAAUUAUGAAAUUUAGAAUUUUUAUUUGAAAAAAAAUUUACUGUUUCAAAUUUUUAUCAUAAUUUUUUAACUUUUAAAACUAGAACAAAUAACCGGAUGAGACGAAUAGAAAAAAUUAUUUUAAAAAUUCACUGUUUCAAAAAUUCUACUAAUUUUUAGAAAGAAGUUUUGGGAGUUGCUGUCUGCUGAAAAAUUUUUUCAAAAAUUCUUUUUGUGAAAAUUGGUCUAAUAUUCCAGUUCAAAAAUUCACUGUUUCAAAAAAAAUCUAAAUUUUUGCAGCAAUGGCGCUGGUCGAAGUGGUGCAUUUCUAGCACUCGACGCCAAUUUGGAGCUCAUGAAAAAGACGGGUCAAUUGGAUUUUUUCGAGUACGCUAAGACUUUGGUAAACGCUCGGCCGCAUUUAAUUGACAGUGUUGAACAAUACAUGUUUAUUUAUGAUGUUUUGGCGGAGGUUUGUGCAUAAUUAAUUAGCUAAUUAGUUAAUUAAUUAAUUAAUUAAUUAAUUACAGGCCGUGUUGUGCAAUGUUCAACCAAUUGAAAUGAAUCAAUUGAAAGAGCGCUCAAGUAUGUAUAAAGCGAAAAAGAAUCGGGAAUUGUUGGAGAGCCAGGAGACGCAUGAGAAUAAGGUAUGAACUACAACACUCCGCGAUUACGCUGCGGGAAAAAAUUCAAAAAAUUCUUAUUUUCCUCAGCAGGAAAGGAAAGAAGGAAAUUAAAAUCAAAUAAAAUUCCUCACUUCAAUUUCCCACCCGAAAUAGGCUAAAAGUGACAGUUUAAUGGGUUUCUCCACAAAAAAAACGAAAAAACGAGGCUUCCCUCUUUAUCUUGACAAUUUCCCCCUCUCUCCACAAAAGUAGGCGUGGCCUAGUGGUAGCGCGUUGGUUUUUUGCCCAAGAGGUCAGGGUUCGAGGUCGCAUCGAGGCGAAGUUUUUUUUUUUUUUUUAAUAGCCCUCAUAAAAAUCCGGUUUUGUCUUAUUACAGCUUCUGAUGUCGUUAACACCAACACUUCGAAUCGGUGAUUGUGCAGGUGGACAUCGAUUGGAGAAUCGGGGAAAGAAUCGAGAUGUGAUGGUGGUGCCACGUGGGUUUUUUGGCGCCAAAAAAAAAUUUGAAUUUGAAUUUCAAAAAAAAAUCAAUCAAUAAAAUUUCAGCUGAUCAUGCUCGACCGUACCUUCAAACUUUACACGGUGAAUCGAAAGAUUACACAUAUAUAAAUGCGGUUGAAGUUGAUGGUUUCACACGAAAAGCUGAAUUUAUUGUAACUGAGUGGCCGAAGCAGAGUACUGUAGACUCGUUUUGGACACUGGUUUACGAUCACGCUUGUCAUACUGUGGUUAAUCUGAGCAAUCAGGGAAAUCAGAGGGUUGGUUUUGGUCUCGCAGCGAAUACCGUAUUCUUCCAUUUUUUAAAACAGUCAAAAUGUACUAUCAGCGAUAAUAAACUGAAAAAAUAGGCCUGAAAAUUUGUGAAUUUUUUGAAACGUAUUAUUUUUGGGAAAUUUUUGAGGGGAUUUUUUUUGAAUUUUUUGAAACAGUAAAAAAAUUUGGGGAAUUUUAAGCCAAAUUUCUAGAAAAUCUCAAAAAUUUGGAGCAUUUUCAGCCAAAUUUCUAGAAAAUCUCGAAAAUUUGAAGCAUUUUAAGCCAAAUUUUUAGAAAAUCUCAAAAAAUUGAAGCAUUUUCAGCCAAAUUUCUAGAAAAUCUCAAAAAUUUGGAGCAUUUUAGGCCAAAAAUCUCAAAUUUCCCGCCAAAUUUCUAGAAAAUCUCAAAAAUUUGGAGCAUUUUCAGCCAAAUUUCUAGAGAAUCUCAAAAAUUUGAAGCAUUUUAAGCCAAAUUUCUAGAAAAUCUCAAAAAUUUGGAGCAUUUUCAGCCAAAUUUCUAGAAAAUCUCGAAAAUUUGGAGCAUUUUCAGCCAAAUUUUUAGAAAAUCUCAAAAAUUUGAAGCAUUUUAAGCCAAAUUUCUAGAAAAUCUCAAAAAUUUGAUGCAUUUUAAGCCAAAUUUCUAGAAAAUCUCAAAAAAUUGGAGCAUUUUUACCCAAAUUUCUAGAAAAUCUCGAAAAUUUGGAGCAUUUUCAGCCAAAUUUCUAGAAAAUCUCAAAAAUUUGAAGCAUUUUCAGCCAAAUUUCUAGAAAAUCUCAAAAAUUUGGAGCAUUUUAAGCCAAAUUUCUAGAAAAUCUCGAAAAUUUGAUGCAUUUUAAGCCAAAUUUCUAGAAAAUCUCAAAAAAUUGGAGCAUUUUUACCCAAAUUUCUAGAAAAUCUCGAAAAUUUGGAGCAUUUUUACCCAAAUUUCUAGAAAAUCUCAAAAAUUUGGAGCAUUUUCAGCCAAAUUUCUAGAAAAUCUCAAAAAUUUGAAGCAUUUUAAGCCAAAUUUCUAGAAAAUCUCAAAAAUUUGGAGCAUUUUCAGCCAAAUUUCCAGAAAAUCUCAAAAAAUUGGAGCAUUUUCAGCCAAAUUUCUAGAAAAUCUCAAAAAAUUGGUGCAUUUUCAGCCAAAUUUCUAGAAAAUCUCAAAAAAUUGGAGCAUUUUCAGCCAAAUUUCCAGAAUAUCUCGAAAAUUUGAAGCAUUUUCAGCCAAAUUUCUAGAAAAUCUCUAAAAAUUGGAGCAUUUUAAGCCAAAAAUUCAAAUUUCCCGUCAAAAAUCGACCUACAGUACUCCAAAAAAUUUCCAGCACUUCCCAACUUUCAUUCACAACAAAGGAAAAGCAAAUUAUGGUCCCUUCAUAGUCGAAGUCAUGAAUUAUCAUCAAUAUCCAGCUAUGACGUCACAUAUGGUGAAAGUUAUGAAACGGGUUAGUUCUCUGCACUCUCUUCAUUUUAUAUUGUCUCUCUUCUGGAAUUUUUUUUUACUGUUUCAAAAUGUAAGAGACAACCAAAACCGAUGGCCAUCUUUUCACCGAUAUUUUCUCCUCCUCCAAAAAAGCGCGCAUGGCUCAGUGACAGGUGGCUGCGCCGGCAGUCGCGGCACCCGGGUUCGAGUUUUGGUGCGGGCGAACUUUUUUAUUUUUUUUCAUCGGUUUUGGUUGUCGACGUGGCUGGUAAAAAUAACGCUUUUUAUGUGUUAAAAAAAUUCGAGUGCAGAUUGAUCCGCCAAACGCGCGUUCACCAUCAUCUUCGGCCAAAAUUCCGAGCCUGGCCGGUGUUCCCGGAUAUCAGGAACGUCCCGAUGUGGCGCCCGGUCAAUCGUUCCGCUUCAAACCGCAAUAUCGCGGCAAGUUUGCGCGCGAAAAAGAGGGUGCGGAAGCGGAAGGAGGCGGAGACGCGGAAAAUGAGGAGGAUUUCGAAGAGGAAACACCGAUCUUGUAUAUUUCGGAUGGAAAAGAUCCGACGACGAGAAAAUCGAAUUUGAAGCGAAGAAAAUCGGUGGAUCCAUAUCGAGAGGUUCUUUGAAGAUGUGUUUUGGAACAAACCUUUGUCAAAUUUUCCCGGAAAUGAUUUUUUUUUUUUUUUUGGCUUGAUUCUUUCUUGGUUAUGUGGCGUUUUUGAGAGGGGUACUGUAGUUUUAAUGGCGCCAAAAAUUUGGAUUUGAAUUUUUGCCAUGUGUUUUUUUUUUUUGAAACAGUGAAAAAUUUCUGACAAUUUUUUUUUAGAAAAAUCUGUAAAUUCCAAUUUUUAAUGAGAAGAAUAUGAAAGCAAUAUUAAAAAAUUUGAAAUUUUUUUAAAUUAUCGAUUUUUUGAAACAGUGAAAAAUUUGAAAUUUUCAGAAAUUUUUCAAAAAAAAUUUUGACAAAAUGAAAUUUUUGAAACAGUGAAAAAUUUCUGAAAUUUUUUUUUUAGAAAAAUCUGUAAAUUCCAAUUUUUGAUGAAAUUUUGAAAAAUUCCAACAUUUUCAAGGUCAUCCAAUUUUUGAAACAGUGAAAAAUUUGAAAUUUUCAGAAAUUUUUCAAAAAAAAUUUAGGGAAAAAUUGAAAUCGUGGAUUUAAAAAAAAAUUUUGAAACAGUGAAAAAUUUCUGAAAUUUUUUUUUUCUAGAAAAAUCUGUAAAUUCAAAUUUUUAAUGAGAAUCAAUAUAUCGAUUUUUUGAAACAGUGAAAAAUUUGAAAUGUUCAGAAAUUUUUCAAAAAAAAUUUUGACAAAUCGUGGAUUUUUUAAUGAAAUUUUUGAAACAGUGAAUUUUUUUUUCGCAAAACGAAAUAAUUUUUUGCUCCAAAAAAUUAUCGAAUUUUUGAAACAGUGAGAUUUUUCUAAUAUUUUUUACUUUGGAAAAAAAAUUCAAAAUUUUCAAGGUUGUCCAAUUUUCGAAACAGUGAAAAGUUUGAAAUUUUCAGAAAUUUUUCAAAAAAAAUUUUGACAAAUCGUGGAUUUUUUAAUCAAUUUUUUGAAACAGUGAAAUUUUUCUAAUUUUUUUUACUUUGAAAUUUGAAACUUUUUAUUUUCCAGCAAAAAUUUCAGAAUUUUCAAGGUUAUUCAAUUUUUGAAACAGUGAAAAAUUGAAAUUUUCAGAAAUUUUUCAAAAAAAAAUUUUUUCAAAGAUUGAAAUCGUGGAUUUUUUAAUCAAUUUUUUGAAACAGUAAAUUUUUUUUUAAAAAAAAAAUCAAAAUUCAAAAAAAUAAACUACAGUACCUCUCUCAAGUCCAAAAAAAUAUUUCUUUCUGGAAAACUUGUUCAAAACUUUUCUGUGUCCAAAAUCUACAGUAGUCCAAUUUAUUGAUUGAUUUAUUGACUAUGUUCCUUUAAUUGCAGCCCCACCAGGUUCCACCAAUGAAAGUCGAUCCAAAGGGUGAGGGGGUGUCGAAAUUAGUGAGUUGAAUCUCUGUAAGAAUCUGUGAAACAUUUUUGAAAAAAUAACCCGCGUCUAGAUUUCAUAUUUGGUUGGUUUUUUGGUGGUUUUUUCAUUUCUUCUUUCUUCUCUCAACUUUUUUUGUGAGCUUUUUCUUGAGUUGGAUUAUUAGGGUUUUUUUUUGGUGGGGGGAAUUUGGGGAGGAAUUUUUCACUGUUUCAAAAAUUUAUGAAAAAAAAAUUUGAAACCAAGAAUUUUCAGUAAAAAUAUUCAUUUAUAUUGCCUAAAAAAUUUCGAACCUUGGAAUUUGAAAAUAAAUUACUGUUUCAAAAUUUAAUUUAAUGCAUUUUUAAUAUUUUUUUCCUGUUCAAUAAUAUAAUUUCCAAAAUUUUCACUGUUUCAAAAUUUGGUUGUAAAAAUUUUCUAUGAAAUUUUUUUUAUUGAAUGGUCCAUAUUAAAAACAAAAAAAAGUUGACUGUUUCAAAAAUGUGUAAUAAAAUUGUUUUCAUUCGAUAUUUCCUGAAAAUGUGGUUUUUUACUGUUUCAAAAUUUCAUCAUAAAAAAUUCCAUAGAUUUUUUGUCAAUCCUUCUUAUGCUUCCUGGAGUUUUAAAAAUUCAGAACCAAAUUUUAUUCCCAAAAUUUUCACUGUUUCAAAAUUUUAUUUUAUUUAAUUUUUUUUUUGAAACUUUAGUGCGUAUAUUUCAAAAAUAAUUUUAAAAAAUUCACUGUUUCAAAAUUUUAUUUUUAAAAAUUUUUAAUAUUUUUUUCCUGUUCAACAAAAUUAUUUCCAAAAUUUUCACUGUUUCAAAAUUUCAUCAUAAAAAAUUCCAUACAUUUUUUGUCAAUUCUUCUUAUGCUUCCCACAAUUUUAAAAAUUCCGAACCAAAUUUUAUUCCCAAAAAUUCACUGUUUCAAAAUUUUAUUUAAUUUUUAUUUUUAUUUUUUUGAAACUUUAGUGCGUAUAUUUCAAGAAUAAUUUUCAGAAAUUCACUGUUUCAAAAUUUGAUUUUAAAAAUUUCCAAUUUUUUUUCCUGAUCGUUCAAAAAUUCAAAAAAAUGCCCAAAAAUUUUCACUGUUUCAAAAAAUGCCCAAAUUCCCCCCCCCCCCCCAAAAAAAACCAAAAAUCCAAAAAGCUUGCAGUGUUGAACCUGGUGGGGUAAUGUAAUCAAUAAAAUCAUCUCUCUCUCUCUAAUUUUUGCUGGCGGAAAAAUUAUUUUUCAAAAAGUCAAUGUGUGUAGUUUGGUCCUUGUCAGGAAAAUUGUCUCUAGUUUGGUCCCGUCCACGUGUUUUGUUUUUUUUUGUGUAUUUUCAGAAAGGCGCGGCUGACAUCAAACGACUUUUGAAUAUUCGUCGAGAAAAAGCGGAUUUGCAAAAAGAAACGACUAAACAAAUUCAAAAAUUGGUACAAUUCCUGAACUUGUGUUAGCCUAACUUAACUUAACUUAUCCUAACUCACUUUCUUUUCCUUCUGAAUCUCUCUGUCUCUUAAAAUGUCCAAGCUAACUGUUUUCAAAAUUUUUCAUAAAAUUUCGAGAGAAAAUUUGAUUUUUUUUGCAGACUUUCAUGAUCAGCGAUAUAAUGGCAAGUGGCUCACAAAAUCAACAAAUUGAUGCGGAAGUUCGGAUAUGUUGUGUUAUUCAGGUGGGGAAAUUUUGGGCGGGAAAUAUUUUUUUUGAAAAUUUAAAAUUCACUGUUUCAAAAUUGUUAUUAGAAAAUUUUCAGCUAUUCUAUGAAAUUUUUAAACUAAAUUUUUUUUCCAAGAAAAAAAUUCACUGUUUCAAAAUUUCUUUAUGAUUUUUGAAGGUCUCCGGGAGUCUAAUAAGAAAUCAAAUCAUUUCAGAAUUACAAGGAAAAAAAUUCACUGUUUCAAAAAUUUCAUUAAAAUUUUCAAGUCUUCAGGAAAAUUCGAUUAUUUUCUCUCUCUCGACGAUGAAAAAAUCACUGUUUCAAAAUUUUCUUUGGUUUUUUUUCAUUUAAAAAUUAAUAUCAUGCUAAAAUGUUGGAAAAUCAAAAAAAAAUCGGAAAUUUUCUCAACAAGAAAAAUUUACUGUUUCAAAAAUUUCAUUAAAAUUUUCAGAUUUUUACGUAAUUUGAUAGGCUAUCCAUAAAUACCAUGAAAAAUUUCAACAAAAAAAAGUUAGAAAUUUUUUUUUCGAGAAAUCACUGUUUCAAAAUUUUCUUUAAUUUUUGGGAUUUUCACGUAAUUUGAUUCGGUUCCGCAUUCCAUUAAAUAGAAAAUUUCAACAAAAAAAGUUAGAAACUUUUUUUCGAAAAAUUUGCUGUUUCAAAAUUUCUUUAAAUUCUUUGAAGGCUUCCAGAUAUUUGUUAGAUGAUCUGAAAAAUUCCAAAAAAAAAAAAAAUGAAAAACUUUAAGUUUUCUCAAAUCCAAAAAUUCACUGUUUCAAAAUUUCUUUAUGAUUUUUGAAGGUUCCGGGAAUUUGAUGAACCAAGGAAAAAAAAUUCAAGGAAAAAAUUCACUGUUUCAAAAAAUUGAGAAAUUGUUUCAUUUUCUUGAAAUUUUCAGUGCAACGGAGUCAAGGCCAAAAAUUCACUGUUUCAAAAAUUUCAUUAAAUUUUUUAAAGCUUCAGGAAAAUUCUACAAAUAAAAAUUCACUGUUUCAAAAUUUUUUAUGGUUUUUUUUCAAGUUCUGAGCUAAUUUGAUAUGCUUACACUCCAAGGAAAAAAAUUUAAAAUUUAAUUUCACGCUCAAAAAAAUUUACUGUUUCAAAAUUUUUUUAAUGAUUUUUGAAGGUUCGGGAAAAUUCGAUUAUGCUCUCCACGCUGAAAAAUUCACUGUUUCAAAAAUUUCAUUAAAAUUUUCAGAUUUUCACGUAAUUUGAUUCGGCUUUCAUAAAAAAUUUAAGAAAAAACAAAAAAAAAAAUUUUUUUUUCGAAAAAUUUGCUGUUUCAAAAUUUUUUUGAAGAUUUUUGAGAUCUUCAUGCUAUUUGAUAAUUUACAAAAUGAAUCAAAUAGAAGCUUAAAUUUUAAAAAUUUCAUCUUCCGAAAAUCAAUUUGUCAAAAAACAAGUCACAAAUUUAAAAAUUUAAAAAUUCACUGUUUCAAAAUUUUCUGUGGUUUUUUUUCAUUUAAAAAUUAAUUUCACGCUCAAAUUUUGAUAAAGCAAAAAAAAUCGAAAAUUUUCUAAACAAAAAAAUUUACUGUUUCAAAAUUCCUUUAAAUUCUUUGAAAGCUUCCAGCUAAAAUUCCGAAAAAAAAUUUGCACAAAAAAUUCACUGUUUCAAAAUUUUCAUUAAAAUUCUCAGAUUUUCACGUAAUUUGAUUCGGCUCCUCAUUCAAUGAAAAAUAUCAACAAAGAAACGAUAAAAUUUUUUUUUUCAAAAAAUCACUGUUUCAAAAUUUUCUUUAAUUCUCGAGAUGUUUACGCAAUUUGAUAAGCAUCCCCAUACCAUACAAAAUUUCAACAAAAAAAAACGAUAAAAAUAUUUUUUUCACAAAAAAAUCACUGUUUCAAAAAUUUCAUUAAAAUUUUCAGAUUUUUACGUAAUUUGAUACGGCUACCCAUAAAUACCAUUAGAAAAUUUCAACAAAAAAAAAACGAAAAAAAAUUUUCGCUCUAAAAAAUCACUGUUUCAAAAUUUCCACUAAUUAUUUCAAGUCUCCAAAAAACUUGAUAAUGGGAAAAAAUUCAAAAAUUAAAAAUUUUCAGGUUCGAAUGUGGCCAAUCGAAAACAAAGUUCCACUUUCAACAACCGGUCUAAUCGAUGUCAUAAAAAUGGCAAGAAGUUGGCGAAAAAGGGCGCCAGAUCGUCCAGAAACCAAGCCAACUAUUGUUAUGUCACAGUAAGUUAUCUCUCUCUCUCUCUUAAAAUUCCUCUGAAAAUCCCCGAUUUUUUUUUCCAGCAAUGGUGUUUCUCGUGUUGGUGUCUAUAUUGGUGCAAAUAUUUGCAUCGAUCAAAUGAACAUUGAUCACGAAGUUGAUGUAUUUCACGCGGUUAAAAUGAUGCGAAUCAAUCGGCCACAAUUAAUCGAUAUGAAGGUAGGAUUAGACCUUUCAAAUGGUUUUCGAAUUUUUGAAAUUGCUUCAUUUUAAGCCAAGUUAUGAUAAAUCAAAGUUUCCCUUGCAAAAAAAUUUUUUUUUGAAAAUAAAAAAAAACCCUCUCUCUCUUUCUCUGCGUCUCUUCACACCGCGCCACUCGCCGCAGUCCCGUUUGAAUGUCGGCGAUAAAAUUUAUUGAAAAGGGGGAAGGUGUUGGGAUUUCUUUGGUUUACACCCUAUUACUCAAGGUAAUUUGAGGUUUCGACCAUUUGAAAGAAUGUGUUGAAAGGAGAUUCAAUUUUUGGAUCAUAUCUAGCUUCUUCGGGGUAUCCGGAGGGGUAAAAAAAAGGCAAAAAUUCGUGAUUUUGCAGGACGAAUAUAAAUAUUUGUAUGAUGUGAUGUUACAUUGGUACAUGUGCAAUCCAGAAUAUCGCAUUUAUGACAAAAAGAGGAUAGCGAAGAGGCGGAAUCCAUCAAAACAUCACGUCCUUCUUCAAAUCGACAUUCACUCAAAGAAAAAUCAUCUUUCAAGGUAGAUUUUGAGCUAAAAUUCGAGAUUUUUGCUGAAUUUUGAGCCUAAAUGGGUUGUUUUUCCAGAGCAAAUUCUCAUUCCGUCGAAAAAACACCACCAAAUCUCCACCGCUUCCAAUUGGCGCCAAUUCAAAUCAUCAAGAAAUCAACAAUCAUCACAACAAAUCCUAG